AUUGUUCUUGUAGUUUAUUUAUGUCAUAUAGUUUAUGAGCACCUAUUCUUUACUUCAUAGUCGGUCAUAGUGGGUAGCAACUUCACUAUAUAGUUCCUUUCCUCCAAACUCUAAAAUUCUCUCCAAGCAACAAGAUCUACCUCGUAAUUAUAGUCAAACCUUGUAUACAUCAAGGCAAAAUAUCCGUAAAAAAAGAAAAUCAAAGCCAUGGAAAAAACUGCAACCUAUUCCAAAUCAGAUGCUAAAGAAGAGUGUUCUGUUGUUGACUUGAGCCAAAUAUCUCUUCGACCCAUUAGUCUUUCUGAUCUUGAUGAUGUUUUGGUGUGGACUAGUGAUGAAAAAGUGGCCAAGUAUUGCACUUGGGAGCCUUAUACAAACAAAGAAGAUUGCAUUGACUUCAUCCAAAACAUAGCAAGCAAAUCUCUAUGGUUCAGAGCAAUUUGCCUUUGCAAUCAAGCAAUCGGGUGCAUCGAUUUCUGUUUGUCUUCGGAUAGAUGCAGGAACAAAUCUGCUGAACUUGGCUAUGCUAUGAGCUCCAAGUAUUGGGGCAAAGGGAUUGCCACACUUGUUGUCAAACAAGUGGUUGAAGCUGCAUUUAAGGAGUUUCCAUACUUGGAAAGGCUUGAAGCUCAAGUUGAUGUGGAAAAUAUGGCUUCUCAGAGAGUAUUGGAGAAGGCUGGUUUUCAAAGGGAGGGUGUUCUCAGAAAAUAUCUGUUCAGCAAGGGAAAAAGUAGAGAUAUGGUUAUGUUCAGUAUUCUCUCAGGUGAAGUUCAAAUUUGAUCUCUGUUUUCAAGUAUGUAACUGCUGUGAUGUGCAGUUCAAAAAUCAUUUAUAUCUAAAACAUCUUCGGAAUAGCAUCGCUAUUGCAUAGCAGAAUAAGCAGAAUAAGAACAAUUAGUUUUUGCAAUUUGGGGUUAUUAAGAAUGUAACAAAGCCGAAUUUGAACAAACCAACAUGAUCAAUAUAGUUCAUGCAAAGAACAAAUAUGCAUGAGGUUAAACGUAUAUUUUUCAGCAAUGAAUGGAUGCAAAACCAAAAGACUUGGGGUGAAAAACUAUUAAAUAUAAGUAUCAAUUUUUCAAGUGAGUACUACAAAAACACACCAAAUCAAUAAUCACCCAUCUCCCAUGCCCAAUCCAACAGCAUGCAUAUCUGAUUUUCAGAGCUCCAAACAAAAUUCAGAUAUAUUUCGAGUCAAAAAAAUGUUCUCUCAAUGUCAAAACAAAAAAGCUGCGCUCGGCUUACAUAGAACUCGGGACUGAAAUUUAAACUUAAUGUGACUAAUAAACAUAAGUAACAGGAAACCUAAAUCAAACUAAGAACAUCGUCGCCAAAUCAAGCUCCAACAAUUUCAGUAGGUUCCUCUGUCA